UAUAUGCCAGUAUCAAUUCAAGUCAUGAGGAUAUCACACGUUUUAUGUUUAAUGGUGUUGUGUUAUGCCAGUGUGUGGGCAAAGAGGUUUGAUACACGAUGUAAACUUGUUCGUGAAUUGGGUAGAGUGGGAUUCCCAAACGAUCAUUUUCUUGGACAAUGGGUGUGCCUAAUUGAGAAAGUGAGCAACAGGGAUACAAGAGCCUUCGUCGUCACGCCGAGCGGGAAGAAAUAUUAUGGACUUUAUCAGAUCCCCAGCCGCUGGUGCCGAUCAGGGAAGAAAGGUGGCGAGUGCAACAUCGCCUGUGAAUCGCUGCUAGACGAUGAUAUUGCGGACGACACGGCGUGCGCUGUCGACAUCUUCCACAAAGAAGGCUUCAAGUACUGGAACCAGUGGACCGUGCGGUGUAAGAACGACGAUACCAUCACAAAGGAAAUAUACAAAUGUCCAGACUUGAGCUCGCCGCGGUCGAGUCCCGAGAGAGACCUCUACUCUGAGAGGCUUAGGAAAAGAAGACGGCUGAUUAGAAGCAAAACGCAAUAUAUCAGACAAGUGUAUGGAGUACAAGCUUAAUGCA